AUGCAUUCUUCUUCGUCAUGCUUUGUUUCUUGCCAACCGAUCUCCUCAUCCGUGCUUCAAUCUUCUCUUUACUCGCGUGUUCUUAAUCCAAGCGUGGUCUCUCCAGUAGCAGCUCGAAUACGCCGGCAGCUAACAGGGACGUCCGGCUACGUGCAUGGCGAUCUCAUCCUCCCUUUAACUAGGAUCAAUUAUCGUCGUCUCUCGGAACGGAGGCCGUCAGAAGUCUCACCGGUCGUCACUGUCACCUCCCAGUGGUCCGUUGAGGGCUCGGACGAAUUCUGCAAGAUUGACGAGUGGGCUCGUCCUUACUUCCACAUUAACAGCCGUGGUAAGGUUGUCGUCCGCCCCUAUGGCACCACCACAGGUCCAGACCAGGAGAUUGAUAUCGUGGAGGUCGUCGAGGCGGCCACCAAGCUGGUGCACUCUGGGCGACACCACCAGCUCGCUCUUCUCAUCCAAUUCCUUGACCUCAUCCGUCAUCGCCUCGAGUCCCUCCACAAUGCCUUUGGUAGUGCCAUGAAAUCCCGCAAUUACAGGUCACACUACCAGGGGGUUUUCCCGCUGAAGUGCAACCACGACCUCCUCAUCAUCGAUGACGUCCUGCGGUCAGGCCGUGGGUUCAAUUUCGGACUCCAGGUCGAGUCCAAGCAGGAGCUAUUUCUCGCCAUGCACGGUCUCAUCCGGGGUAGCUCCGAGGCCUAUCUUAUAUGCAAUGGCUACAAGGAUAAGGACUACAUCAGCCUUGCCUCAGUAGCCAGUGCUAUGGGCUUCAAAACCUAUCUAGUCCUGGAAAAAGAAGAGGAGGUGGAGUUGGCACUCGAUACCUGGCCGGAGUUCAAUAUCCGGCCGAUGAUCGGACUCCAGGGUAAGCUCUGCACAUCGCACACAGGGUGCUUUGGAUCCACCAUCGGCUUGACGAGGGACCAGAUAAGAGGUGCAGUAAGGAAGCUAAAGGAGCACGAUAUGAUGGAUCGCCUCCGACUCCUCCGCUUGGACAUCGGCUCUCAAACGCCAUCCACUGCCACAGUAUUCGACGCCGUGGCCGAGGCCACAGAGACCUAUUGCGAACUGGCCAAACUCGGUGCUCGCAUGCAAGCGAUUGACGUAGGCGGCGACUUCUGCUUGGGCAACGAUGGAUGCCUGUCCGGUGAUCGUGAGACCAAGAUGUCGGUUGUUGACGACCUUGACGAGUAUGCAUCCGCCGUUGUUGGAGCAGCACAGAAACUGUGUGACAAGUGGGGUGUGCCACAACCCGUCAUCUGCAGCGAGAAUGGGCGUUUCAUACUGUCCCACCACUCGGUCCUUGUCUUCGAGCCCAUAUCAUCCACGGCCACCGUCAAGCCGACUACCAUUGUCGAUCCUGUCAGGCCUAGCAACGUGAAACUCUCUGCGAUUUCGCAGACACCCGGCGUCUCUGCAAAGCGUCCGUAUCCUGUUAUCCCGUUACACUGUCUUGACCAACAGCCGCAAGUGGAAGGGGCGCAACUGGACCCGACCGGCGGGAGCAGGGGGGUUCCACUCCACGAGCACAAACAGGAUGGAGGGCGGAAUUAUAUGGGGAUGUUUCUGAUAGAUGGAGAGGCACUCCAGCGUGUGCAUAACAUCUUCGGCGAGCUCAGCUCCAUACGGGUGGAGCUGAGUGACGAAGUACGCCGCUACAAGGUGACGCAUGCAGUGCAAGCAGCUUCGUGUGAGGAAAUAGCUCAGGAGAGGAAGCAAGACCCGCGCUUAUUGCUUGAGGCUCUCAAGCAGCAGGUAAGCAAAAAUGACUUGCCGCACUGGACGUUCACCGUGCUGGAGAGAGUGUUCAGGUCGAGCUUUCCUGGUGGCCGCUGAGAUGGUUGCAGCUUCGACUGGGAUGAGCAGGGGAGAGGAGAGGGAGCUGCACUUCGCAUGCUGUGCAUCCUUCCAAUGCACCCUGCUGCUUCGUGCUGUUGUGGGUUGUUGCUGUUGCUACUGCUGCGGAUCCAAUAACGUUUUCGGAUCAGGUGCGGAUCGCACUUUGAUAUCCGUGAACAACUCAGUUUCUCAUCCUAGUUUGACACAGUGUACCAUUAUUGGAUCUUCAAUUUAAAUUUGAAGCCUACCCGAUAA